UUAGUCGGGGCAGUGUGGAAGCUGCUUUAGAAGAAACAAGCCAAGGAAAAGUCGAAAACAAAUGGAAUAACCAACACACUCAUGUUUUAUGUCAGCCCGAAUCACUGGACAGAACUAUUGGAUAAAGGGCUAUGAAUCCCCCCAUCCAACUCGUCGGAAUGGUUCGUUCCGUUGCCAAGGAUCCAACUCCAAGCCACUUGAUGGACACUUCAGGGGAAAGCAAAGAACUAAGGAGCUUCUAGCCUACAUGCCAUGCUAAUGUAGCACCAGCUGUUUAGUUGAGAUGAACAGAAUUAGUCACAUUUGUGCAGGGAAACUUCGAUGAAUAAGCUAAGUUUAAACUUUAACAUUGUCAAUAGUCAUAGCACAGUACCCUACGCCAUUCACCGGAGGUUGUGGAUAUAGUUGCGCAAGUUGGAGUGCAUGUUAUGUGGUUGUUUAGGUAGCAAGUUGUCGCUAGCUUGUUAGCCAGGGUGGCAGAUGUCUGUCUGGUUGAAGUUGUGUAUUUUGUCUUGACAUUAGUUAGCAAGAUGGCUCUAGCUAGCCACUUUCAUUUCUGUAAACAUUAAAACAUAGCUUGAAAUAUUAUUAAUUAAAAAACAAAACAAAAAAACAUGGAUGGUUGCUAGUUAGCUAAGUAGAUAGGCAUCUUAUGGAUAGUGGGAUGUAAGACGGAUAACCUAGUCUAUUUUCACGCUCUUGAGGGUAGUAAUUAACGUUUGUGAAAUCCGCCUAAAACUGUAAAAAAUUGUAUUUCCUCUCACAAAUUGCCUGGUCGACUAAAUUGAUUAGUCGUUUCCCUCUUAAUUGAGAUGUAGCUCUGGAAAAUAUUCCAGGAAAACGUCUGAGCUGGCAUGCAUGAUUGUCGUGACAUCUUGUGAGCUGUAACGUAUGUUACAACCUGUUAACCAACAAGGGUUAACCUAGUAGCAUAGUUCAGUAUAAAGUCACUGAGACAGUUUUGCCUUUUCAGAAUGAUUUGCAGAUAUGAUGUGGAGAUGGUUUGUCGUUGUCGAAUCACUUAGUUGAGCCUGCGGACCAAUACGUAUAAUAAAAAUUUGUUUAUCGUCUGACUUACUCUGCUGCACUUAGUGUCAACCUGAGUCUUAACGAUGGGGAGUAGAUAUCAGUUCUUAAAUUUAGCUGCACUACAGAGCGAGCUUAACUUUAAAACACUUCCCUGGGUCGCCAAGAAACUCCCCCAAAGAACAGUGUGGAAUGAUAACAUUAACUGGCACUUCAGCUUUUGCCACUAAGAGGAUCUGAACAUGGAGGGGGGGAUGGAUGUGCUGGAAGAGAUCGCCCUUCGCCUGCAGAAGGAUGGUGUCUCCUCUGACACCUCCCCUGAACAGAGGCUGUGCCACCUGUGGCAGCUGCUUGUGCAGAGUGAGGGCGAGCUGCUCACCUCCUCAGAGGAGCUGCAGACCUUACGCAGACAGCAGGCCACUGAGAUGAAGGAGGUGGAGAAUUACGUAGAACACAUCCGCAACCUGCUAGAGGAGCGUGAAUCCCUGACAGCCGAGUACGAGCGUGAAAACGACCAACUCCGUGCUGAGCUCGCCCAAAUGAAGCACCAGCUAGACUCUCAGCGCAAAGAGGUGGUGGAGAUGCUGGAGCAGGAGGGCCUGGCGGAGAUCAGCCAGAGCAGCUCCAGUGAGCAGGUAGCCUACAUGCUGGUGGAGAGAGCCACGCUGCUGGAGCGCCUGGAGGCCGCAGAGAGGAAGCUGGACACUCAGACCUUGACGGGCAACCUCAGGGAGGUCCACCUACAGGAGGAGCUGGAUCACAUCCGUCACACGAUGGGGGAGGAGCUGAGGCACCAGCAGGAGAGCAUUUACUGUGCUCAAGAGACCAUGAGUCAGGAACAACAGUCUCAAGUUCACAGUCCCUGGAGGAAGCUGUUUGGAUUGCGCAAGGCGACACAGAGAGCACAAAUUUGUGCCAACGUCCACAGUGAGGAACUGUUGAAGCAGAGAGGAGAGCAACAGAGACUAGAGAGGGACCUGGAGGAGGCGUCCAGGAGACUCACUAUGGCACACAGGGAAAUCCGCCAUCUGACCGACGAGUUGGACUCUUUCCGGAAAAAUGAGCGCUAUUGUGAUGUGGUCGAACUGCAGAAGGCCAAAGACCAAAACGAAAGGCUAAAUGAGGAGAUUCGAGUCCUCAGGGGUCGUGUUCGCUGCUUGGACACUGAGCGAAAAGGCCUUCUGGAAAUGGUUGAAGUGCCAAAGGCAGCCUUGAGUCAUGGGCCCCAAAUCUCAGCAGAUCACUCAGAUCACUCUCCCUUGCAUCUCAGACAGGGUGGAGAUGCAGAUCGAGUUAAUGGUUCCUUGGCAUCAUCUGAAGAUCAGGAAGUUCAUAAAAGGUGCCGGCGGGAGUCAGAGGACCAGGAGUGUCGUCUGCGGGAGGUGCAGAGGAGGCUGCAGAAGUUGCAGGGAGAGCACGAGGAGCUGGUGGAGAGGAAUGAGGAGCUGGAGGCGCUCCUCGGGGAGCAGCAGAAUACAAGCAAGGAGGAGCGUGAGCGGCAUGAGGGGGAAGUGGAGGGUCUUAGGAGGAAGAUCAAAAGCAUGGAGGUAGAACUGAGCAAGAAGCCAACACUAACAGCUUUGGCUCCCGCAAAGGAAGGAAGUGUCAUCUCCCAGCAGCAGAAAGAUGCGUCUGGGGAGAGGGGGAGAUUUCUGGAGAGUCGGCUGGAGGAGGAGAAGAAGUGGAGAAAGCAGCUUGAGGUGGACUUGACGGCUGCACAGACUGCCCUCAGGAAGGACAAAGAGAUCCUUCAUAGGGAUCAGGAAGAGCUGAAGGCCUUGAGGUCAGAGGUGCAGUCAUUACGAGCCAAGUGUCAGCAAGCCAAAGCCCUCAGCCAGAUGCUUGUGCAAGUGAGAGGAGAGAAGGGAGUUCUCGAGGACAAGGUGGCACAGUUAGAACGCGCUCAUGAUCGCCUUAAGAGUGACCUGGCCCUUCAGGUGGAGAACAGCUUGGCCCAGCAGGACCUGAGAGAGAGCAGGGGACAGGUGUCUGAGCUUACGGCCCAGUUGGAGCGAUCAAAGGCAGAGCUGUCCAGUCUGGAGAAAGAGCACAGAACACUCAAGAGCGAGAUGACGGAGAGGAACCGGCAGGUGCUGGCGCUCCAGAGGGAACUGAGCGAGGAGGCCCAGCUGCGGCUGCAGGCCGAGGGGCAGAGGCAGCGGCUGGACCUGGAGCUCCAGCACGUGAGGAGGCAGCAGCAGAAGCAGCAGCAGGUUUGGCUGGAGGGGAGGAGGCCAAAGCCAGAGGGAGAGCCCAGACCAGCCUCUGGGGCCAGUCAGCAGGAGGAGGGGAUCAGUCAGCUGGCGUCUCUGAAACUGGAGAUGAGUGGGCUGCACUCUACUCUGGAGGAGGAGAGGGAGCUGGCCAGCCAACACCAGCUCGCUCUGCAGGCUCAGAUUAGUGAGGCACAUGCCCGAUCAAAGUCCCAAGAUUCGGUUCUGCAGCAGAAAAGUGAGGAGAACAAGCAGCUGAGGCAGGACCUGGCCCGCACCCAGAACCUCUUCACCUCGGCCGAGCGCGAGCUACGCUACGAGAGGGAGAAAAACCUGGACCUCAAGAAGCACAACGCUCUGCUGGAUCAAGAGAAGCUCAAGGUGUGUGCGGAACUGAGGCAGGCCCAGGCCAAGCUGAGCAAGCUGGAGCAGACUGAGCGAGGGCAGGCGGUGGAGCUGCAGCGCCUGCAGCAGAAGAGCAGAGAGCUGGAGCUCCAGCUGGCACGCAGCUCCCAGAGCCGCCAUUCAACAAGCAGCCUGCAGGAGGAGCUCUGUGCCGAGAGGAGCCGUCUCAUCGCCGCCGAUAAGAAGGUGCUGGAGCUCCAGCAGCAGAUGAAGAACACCCUUCACCAGCUCCGCCUGGAGGAGGCGCGGGCCGGAGAGACGUCCAAGAUGGAGAGGGAGAGCAGAGACCUGGCUGACAGCCUGUCCGCUGUCAGGGCCAAGCUCCAGGAGGAGCAGCUGCAGAGGAAGUUACUAGAACAGAGAGAGGAGGAGCUCCAUCAGCAAGUGCGGUCCCUGAGGGCGAAGGAGGCGUCUUUGAGUCGCACAAACUCCGAGCUGGCUCACCGCCUGAAGCAGUCUGAUGCUCGCCUACAGGUCCUGGAGAGUGAGCAGAAUGCCGCCAGAGAGGAACAGAGGGUGACCCGGCAGACAUGCGGUGGCCUGCAGGAGGAGUUGGCCUCCAGCCAGCAGGAGUCCGAGAGGCUCCAGGAGGAGCUCCAGCAGGCCAUGCUUCAGCUCGACUCCAACAUCCGGAAAUACAACGAGAAACAGUGUCAGUACAAGUCCAAGCUGCACAAAGCCAAGCAGGUCUACACGAGGGCGACAACACAACGGGACCGAGUCAUUCAGAAACUCGAGAAUGAGCUCAUUCUUGCCACUAGCCUGUCUGAGAGAGAGCAGGACCAUGGCAGGAAGGUGACGGAGGAGAACGAGAAGCUGCUGCUGGAGAAGAGGGAGCUGCUGCAGCGCGUCACUGAGGCAGAGGAGAUGGGCAGCAACGGCCUCCGCACCGCCACCACCAUCCAGCAGAGGGUGAACAUUCUAGAGGUGGAGAACAGGCAGCUGCAGGAGAAAACGCUGCGGCUGGCUCAUCAGGUGGGGAUGCUGGAGCGUGGCCUGAGGAACGUCCACUCCACCUGCAGUAUGGAGGAUUUGAAGAAAAUGCUUCCUUCAGACAAUGAGAUCUUUCUCCAAACUUCUGGAUCAAGUCCUAAAUUGGCCAUGGGUGACCCUCUGAGCAUCCUGGACUCCAUCCGCAGGGUAAAGGUAGGGGAGCACCUGGAGAGCCUGAAGUCCUCCUUCUCCGUGGCCUUCUCCCAGCCCUCUGAGCUCAGCUACCUGAACGUGACGUCCCCUGAGGGGGCCCGUGGCCCCGGGGACCAGGAGGACAGCAUUAGCGUGGCCAGCGAAGACGCAUGAAAAGCCUCUAACACCUUUGGAAGGCGCUACAGUCCAGCAAAAAACUAAAAGGGACGUGGGAGGCUACAGGCACAUGAGGCCCGUCAGGGUGAGAUGCUUACUGUUUUACACUUGUCAAAGUGCAGCUUUGAAAUAAGUGGUGAAAAUAUGCAACAUGAGUCCAAGUGUUAUUUUGGGAGAUUUCUGGGUUAGAUCCACAAACUUGUCCAUCGUCAUUGCAGUAUAGUAUCAGUCCACGCCAUAGGUGUUGCAUUUUUUUUUUUAGCUCUACGAAGUAGGUUGCUGUCAUCAUUAUUCAUCAUUAUUGUAUCUCCUGUUUAUUGUCCUUCUUCUGGUGGCUUGUUUCGUCUGUGCUCUGUGUUUCCAUCCGUCGCUGAGGCUGAGCACUUGGGUUUGAUUCCAGCUGGCAAAGCAGUUGGCACCCACUUUGAAUCAUAUGCUAGUAAUAACCUCAAAGAAUGCCUUAUUUAGGAAAGGGAAAAUUUACUAUGUGAAGAAAACUUUCCUACAAGAACAAAACAAUUUCACUGUGGUCUUUGCCUAUUGUGGUUGCUUUGGAGGAGGGAAGAGUUGAGCACUUUUUUAUACCAGAGAUUAUAGUUGUAAAUAAGACUUUUGGUGGAAUUUGCUAAUGUUGUAUCAGCUGAAUCUUCCUGUGCCUCAGACACACUCAUGCAGUUAAAUAUCAUUUCGAAACACUAGGGCGUGUGCAUGAAAUGCCUUGAAAUAGCACAUGUGCUUUCUGCUAAGUACUUUAAAUGUAAUUGGACUUGGGAAGUAUGUUAGCUAAUCAUGUUAAAGAGAGGUAGCCAGAAUACAGCCACGUGCUCUGAGCACACACUGAGCUUUUACAGGGCGAACAGGAAAGCGGACUUUCGAAUGUGUUCCUGUAACCGGAAAGACAGAAUGGUUCACCGCUGUUCUGAGGCCAGGUGUUUUCCAUUGCUCUGUUCUGUUUAACAUGCAAGACAUUUUGUUCACUGUCAACCACUCUGUUACUUAUGUUUUUAUUAUGCUCGUUUUCAUGCCAAUAUAUUCAAAAGGUUUGUGUGACUUUUUUUUCCAGAAUUUUUGUAUGUGAAUAUGGUUUUUGUCACAAUGCUGAAAGGGACCACUGAUAUUUUUUGCGAGAUGUACAGAAGUUUUGUAUUUUGUUACAUUUGUUUUACAUGACACGACAUGAAUUGGUUGUUUGGGAUUGUAAUAUCAAGUAAACUAGAGUGGCAGUGGUGCACAUUGAGGAGCCCUUCUUCAGUGGCAGUGCAUACACACUUGGAGUGUGGGCCAAUCCCACAACUCUCCAUUAGAGCUCUAAAGAACAUCUUAUGUAGAGGAGUGGGAAGAAGAAUCUAUAAAUGACCACUAGGGACAAACAGGGCAGGGUUGAACUGAAUGUGAAUUCAACCCUCAAGUUUGAUGUUUGGUAUUCAUUUCUUAAAAUGUUAUGUUAACACAAUUGAAUGCUUCGUGUUGGACUGGUUCCCAUCGGUAUGAGGCUGUGACAGUCGUUUUGGGGUUGGAUCUUUAAAGAGGUUGAAAUGGGCCCUUUGGCGUAUAGGCCACUGGAAUCCUGUGUGUAGCAACCCAGUCCAAUGAGGCUCUCUGAAUACAUCCAUACUUGGCUGAGAGGUCUGAGACGCGGGCCGUAAAAGUCUGAGUGGGUCCCUGGGUCUUUCCUUCGGUCAGGUUUCCAGGAGUGCCAGUGGAUGCCAAUGCAGUGCAUCAUCCUGAAAUCCUUUUUUUUCUUUUCACCAGUGCAAUCAAAAGAGCCAUACAAUGUCAAAUGUUCCAUUAUUUCACUGAAGUGAUUCGUCACACCACAAGGCCUUGGUUUCCCAGCAAUGGAAAAGCACCAUAUUUAUUACGAGUGUAACUUGAUGGCACAUGUUACUGUUACACUACUGUUCAUUGUUGUGUCUAUUGGGAUCCAGAAGAUUUUUACAAAGCAAUCAUGUUUGAGACUGUCAUUUUUGCCCUUGGUACAACAAUCACAAACUGUAUAUUUUGUGUAAAGUAUUUUAAUAAAAUGCUAUUGUCUUUCAA